UGGCCCGUGCACACAUCCUAUUCAUAUAAAAGGGCUCUCUCUCCAAAUUGAAUCCUCACCACUCUGGCCUUUUGGCUUAGAUCAAGUGUAGUAUCUGUUCUUAAUAGUUUAACCACUAUUAUGAGGGCACCGCCCUCAUUCUUUGGUUAUCAAAUUUUUGCCGCCCUUGUUUCUACGAGCUCUGCUUGCAACUCGGAGAGCAUGAUGACCUUGCUACUGCACUAUUGGCUUGUGUCGUCGGGGGAUUCCCUUUUAUGCGAUCUCGUCUUCUCUUUGCUAUUGAUCCUGGCAUGGUCCGUUGACCAUGUCUAGUCCUUAGCAAACGGAAUGUGAUGAUCAUUGGUCUUUCUUGACUUGAGGAUAGCAGGUGUCCUUUUACUAUGAUGAUAUUUUUUCAAUGGGUAUGCCUUGCUACAUGCUAUGUACGUAGUACGUGCCACAACAGUUCAUGUGCGUCGCCGUUGUAAUUUAUUUGUUCUUGUCCUGAUUUCUACCCUCCAUCUUUGAAAUUUGAAAACUAAACGCUUGACGCGCAGGUC